AUUAGUCGACUACGUACCCUCUAACCGUAGCACUACAUCAUGUCGUUGUCCAAAGAGGACUCAGAGAAGUUGGAGACAUUUCGCACCAAGACAGCAUCUGUUGCAAGUGACAUCGUAUUCCGUCUCUUCCCAGCCAAACUGACAACUUUGAUCGAAUCUACUAAGGCGCCGGACUCGCCGUUCAAUAUAGCCCAUGCGUCCACUCUAACGGACGCCCGGGUGUAUCCAGCUCCAAGUGACUACGUGGACUCAAAUGGUCCAGCAAAGCGUAAGCGAACAGAGGACGGCAGUGUGCCAUCACUCUCCAACAGCGACAUCCCCAAUGCACGGUACCCUGACCUUGUGCACGCGAACAAACAUAUCCUGAAAUUGUCCGAAACCACUAAGUCGGAGUGUACACAACUGUCUGACUGUUGCGUGAGGAAUAACUAUUCAGCUUUUCUUCCUUUAGCUAAAGUUCUUCCUGGUGACAAUUUUGGUAUUAGGCUUCUAAGCGAGCUGCUUCGCUCACAAGAAAGUGCCUAUAACAUCCGUGAUAGCGUUCGACAACAUCAUCUUGCUCGCGCGAAAAUAUGCUCUAAGCUGAUCAAGUAUCCAAACGUCGAGGAUUAUGCUCUUGCACUACGGGAGCACGACGAAAAGCAACUGUUCUUCGCACGCCAAAAUCUCAUCGACAUCCGCAAUAUAUAUGCGGUUAUAACUGACAUACUUCACAAGAACAUGGCCAAGAUACGUUCGCCAAGAGGCAACAAUCGCGCGGGGCUUUACUGACCGGGCGUAGAAUAU